AUGGUCAAUGAAGCUAUGGCUCUGUUUAGGGAAAUGCGUUGCAAAAAUGUAGAUCCUGAUGUAUGGACUUACAACUCUCUUAUCGGUGGCAUGUGUAGAUUAGGAAAAAUGUCAUGCGUGAAAGAUCUUGUUUGUGAUAUGUGUGGUAGUGGUCAUGCCCCUGAUGUAGUCACCUAUAGUAUUUUGUUACAUGCAUUUUGUAAAAGCCAACAUCUUGAUCAGGGGAUUGCAUUAUUUCAGCAAAUGGUUGCCCAGGGAGUUCAGCCUGAUUUGUACACAUACAACAUACUUAUUGAUGGUUUGUGUAAAGGUGAUAGACUGAAUGAUGCUUGGGAGAUUUUUGAAUACCUUUUUAUCAAAGGCUAUCAUCUAGAUGUCUGUACGUAUAAUAUUAUGAUCAAUGGCCUUUGUAGACAAGGGCUGCUUGAUGAAGCUAUGACACUGCUUCCGAAAAUGAAACAGAAUGACUGCCUCCCUGAUUCAAUAACAUAUAAAAUACUUCUUCAAGCUCUUUUGGAAAAAAGUGAGAAUGAUAAAGUAGAGAAUCUUGUCCAUGAAAUGAUUGAUGAUGGUCUUCUGAAACAAUAA